AAAAUUAUUGCCCGAGGGGAACCACCGCCUCAGUCUGUCAUCAAACAUUGUAAACAUGGCAGAGUAUCUGGCAUCGAUUUUCGGCACCGAAAAGGAUAAAGUGAACUGUAGCUUCUACUUCAAAAUAGGAGCAUGUCGUCAUGGAGAUCGCUGUUCAAGAAUUCACAACAAGCCAACAUUUAGUCAGACUGUCCUCAUCCUCAACCUCUACUGUAACCCCCAGAACUCUGCUAAAUCAGCUGAUGGAUCACACUCCACAGUUAGUGACGAAGAAAUGCAAGAACACUAUGACAACUUUUUUGAGGAAGUUUUUGUAGAAUGUGAGGAUCGCUAUGGAGAAAUUGAGGAGAUGAACGUUUGUGACAACCUUGGUGAUCAUCUAGUGGGCAAUGUUUACAUCAAGUUCAAAUAUGAAGAGGAUGCAGAGAAGGCAGUUGUAGACCUAAAUAAUCGAUGGUUUGGAGGACGGGCCAUCAAUGCAGAGCUGAGUCCUGUAACAGAUUUCCGUGAAGCGUGUUGUCGCCAGUAUGAAAUGGGUGAAUGUACCCGCAGUGGCUUCUGUAAUUUUAUGCACCUCAAGCCUAUAUCUAGAGAACUACGGAGAGAACUUUAUGGCCGGAAAAGAAAAAGAUCACCAGCUCGGGGUCGCCGUCGUAGAUCUCCAUCCAGGAAUCGAAGAUCAAGGUCCCGUUCUAGAUCCAAGGAACAUAGGCAUGAAUAUCGAGAAAAUUCUACUUCAUUGGAAAGAUAUCGUUCACAAUCUCAAGACAAUGACCAAAGAGAGGGCAGAUUUGGGCGGUUCUAAAUAUUAAAUUAAUCAAAUUAAUAAAUGCCUAUAACAAAAUCUUGUCAUUUUAUCACUACAUGAAGAACGUUAAAAAUGUGUGAAUUUGUGUAAACCCACUCGGUAGACUGUGAUUAAUGUCACAAAUUAUUAAUUUUAGGUACAGUGAAUACUCUUUAUUCUGUGUGUAAAUUUGAAAUUAUGAUCUUUGUAUUCGAUCAUUAUUGUGUAGAUUAUUUUUCUUUUCAGAAUGUUCUUAAGAAUAGAGUAAGAUUCAAACCCAUUUAAUGUUACUAGUACUUAUGUAGUAAUGUUACUUCACUUAAAGGUCUACAAUUUAAACAACCAUUCACUGAAAGGGAAAUACAUAGAUUUUUCAUGUAGCAAGUAUAUAUUUUGCUCAAUAGGCAUAUAAUGAAUAUUCUGUCCAAUUUAUUGGACAUUAAAUUACUCUUACAUGCAGUUGGAUGAUUAUCCAUGGAAUGUGUACUGUAAUUACUUUCAAUAAUUAUUUCCUUUGUUGAUUUUGAUUUAGCAGAAUUCAUGAUAGUCUGACAAUUGCAAAAUUUGUAUUAUCUUUCACUAUAAUGUUCUUUAAUUUUUUUCAGAAUUUGUUAUUUUAAGUAAUUUUUUUAAUAAAAACAUAUGUUUCUAUCAUAUUUAUUUAUGAAUAUUUAUUUUUCUCAGUGAGCCAUCAUCAGGAUACUUUAAGAUACUCUUUUGGUUUGUGGCUCAUUUAGAAUAUAUUGUAUAUACAACUUUACAUGGAAUGUUUGAUAUUAUUGACAAUAAAUUUCAUAUCCAAACUAAUAAACUUACUGUUAACUAGUUUACCAUCUUAUUUGCUAGAUUUAGUUACAGUAUUAUGAAUGCUUUUAAAUUCAAAAUAAGACGAUUGAUCUGCAUGUUCCAGACAUGAAUGAUAAUUCUCACAUUAUGUAGUGGGGGAAAAAAUAUAUCCAAUAUAAAUACUGUAAUAAUAAUAAUGUUUUAUAUAUAUAUGUAUAUAAGGUACAAGGAUUCACAGUGUAAAACUUAGAUUUCACUAAAGAGCUAAUUGCUUGUGCAGAAUUACAUGUGAUAAAGCAGUAAGAGGAUUAUCUAGAGGUAUAACCAUGUGAUAAUGUUACGUAAGAUAAUCGUAACCAAUAAUUACCUAAAUGUAGUUACAGGAUGUGGGCUACGUUUGUGGUGUCCCGUCUUCCCAUCAUUAUUAGCCCAACAAUGGGCUAAUAAUGAUGCUAUCCAAAAGAUGCAGAUGGUGAAAUAAUAAUACAUGAAUUUGCUGAUGAGCACGAGACCUUGUGACCAUUUAAAACUAAAGCACUGAUCAUAAUUAAUACACAUUUACUUUUCAACCAAUGAAAACAAAAGGGUGGACAGUUGCUUGCUUCCUCAUAAUGCGAACAAGCAAAGUUUACCUGCUGUAUUGGACAAGUCAGGAUGUGAAUUAAAAGGACUGUUACUAAAUUGCAA